AUGUUCGCAACACAAUUACCCUCUUCCCCGUCAACUCCCUUCCGCCAAACGAGCCAGUUCUCACCAGCUCGGCCCUCGCCGCUGGGCCCGCGCAGCUCAAACAUUGCGACGCCCCCAUGGACGAUGGGAUCCCCGACGCGCCGAGGUCAUUCUCAGAAACCCAGUUUUGACCGCCACGCGCAAAGCUCGCCUGCCUUUCCGACUUUCUCCAUCAACAAUGAGAAUCAAUCUCAACAGACCUCUCCUGAUCUAUUCGGCGCGUCGACGUCCUUUUUCCCACAGCAAUCCAACGUGAUGUCUCCCACCUCUCCAUCGCCCUCGGCGCGUUCUAAGUACUCGGAGCGAUAUGCGUCGCAGAUCGCGAAUCCUGUGAAGACAUCCAACUCGCUUGUGCGCUCAAAAACGCGCAAAAUGUUUAUCAAUCGCGUGAAGAACGAGCGCGACAGCGGUCGCUUCGAGGCUCGUGGUGAGCAGAUGAUGAUGAUGGAACACUUGGCCGAUAAGAGGAAGUGGGAGGAAUCGAUGGCACGAGAUGCCGGCAGUGUUAUGCCAGAGUUCGAGGCUGACGAGGAUAAUAUGCUUCCUGAUGAGGCCGACACGUCUGCUCUGAAUGAAUUUAUAUCCGAAGAAGAAGCCAUGCAAAUGGCCAUGCAGGAGACGAUUGCACAGAACGGUCAGCAACAUCAAUAUCAGCCUCAGCCGAAUACGUCUUUCAGCGAUGACGAAUACGACGAUAUUUUUAUGACGAUCUCGGAACCGGCACAAUCGAAUCAGGAUAUGGAUAUGUCGUGA